UCCGGAGGUGAUUUUUCAAUUGCAUUUAACAAGUGGAGCUCUGUUGUUAUAUUUGUUGAUGAGUUCGAUAGAUUGUUCAAUGCAACUGAUACGAUCCGUAAUGAGUUUCUUGGUUGCUUUCGUACAGUGAAGUAUGCUAUUAUGAACUUGAAUGUUGGUUAUCCAAUUCUUUCGAUAAUAAUCGUUGGAACUUUUAGAAUUCUUGAACUGGAUUCAAGUAGUGAUUACGAUUCACCAUUCU